UCCAGCUGCUCCUGUCACCAGCCCCUGGCUCCGCCCCUCGGAGCCCGCCCCUUGCCUCUCAGCCAAUAGCAGCCCCCGACUGCUCUCCACCGCCCCAAACUCUUUCCACACCCCCACGUUCCGUGAGCCAGUUGGCUGUCGAACCCUCAGCGGAGCGGCUGGAUUUGCAUGGUGCUCCGUGUUUCUGGUAGGUGGAGCGACCCGUCGCUCCCGGUGGCCGGGCCCGCCCACUCUGCCUGGGUCCCCGGCUCUCUUCCUGCGCAGUUCUACUUCGCAGCCUCCGCGGGGAAGCGCCGGGGCUGCAGUCAAGGCUCGGUUCGCUGGACCGCGGGGAGGCAGCCCCGGCGAGCGGCCGUGCGGCGCGCACCGUUUGGAGGGGCCCGGGCGCGGGAGUGCGGCGCUCUGCUGUCCCCGAGCGCGGCGUCGCAGUCCCCGACCAGCAGUUGCCGCCACCCGACUUCCGUUCCAGUUGCGGCUCCUCCGGGCAGCAUGUCAAAAGCCGCCGCCGCUACGGCUGCCUCCGCCACCCGGGGAAGAGCGGCAGCCUCAGCAGCAGCAGCGGCGGCCGCGGGCGCGCGGGGGCAAUAAGCCGAACCCCUCGGCGUCCGGGGUACUUUCUCCGCGCUCACGGCUCCGGCGGGACCCGCGCCAUGUGCUGAGCCAUGCCCCUCGCCGCGCCCGCGGGCCGCGCAUGGGGCAGCGCCUGAGCGGCAGCCGGUCCUGCCUCGAUGUCCCCGGCCGGCUUCUGCCGCAGCCGCCGCCGCCCCCGCCACCGGUGAGAAGGAAGCUCGCGCUGCUCUUCGCCAUGCUCUGCAUCUGGCUCUACAUGUUCCUGUACUCGUGCUCCGGCUCGUGCGCCGCCGCGCCCGGGCUGCUGCUGCUGGGCGCGGGGUCCCGCGUCGCCCACGCGCCGCCGGCCCUGGCCUCAGGUCGCGACGGACCUCCCUCGAGGCUGGCGUUCCCGGCGGCGCCAGCCACCCAGUUGGCUCCUGGCGGGGCCACGGCCGAGGGCGCCGCGAGCCAGGAAGAGCAGAGUCCCGAGGCGCCGGACUCCCCCAGCCCCAUCUCUAGCUUCUUCGGCGGGUCUGGCAGCAAGCAGCUGCCGCAGGCCAUCAUCAUCGGCGUGAAGAAGGGCGGCACGCGGGCGCUGCUCGAGUUCCUGCGCGUGCACCCCGACGUGCGCGCCGUGGGCGCCGAGCCCCACUUCUUCGACCGCAGCUACGACAAGGGCCUCGCCUGGUACCGGGACCUGAUGCCGAGGACCCUGGAGGGGCAGAUCACCAUGGAGAAGACGCCCAGCUACUUCGUGACGCGCGAGGCGCCCGCGCGCAUCUCGGCCAUGUCCAAGGACACCAAGCUCCUGGUGGUGGUGCGGGACCCGGUGACCAGGGCCGUGUCGGACUACACGCAGACGCUGUCCAAGCGGCCCGACAUCCCCAGCUUCGAGAGCCUGGCCUUCAGGAACCGGACGGCGGGCCUCGUGGACCGCGCGUGGAGCGCCAUCCAGAUCGGCCUGUACGCCGAGCACCUGCAGCGCUGGCUGCGCCACUUCCCCGCCCGCCAGCUGCUCUUCGUGAGCGGCGAGCGGCUGGUGCGCGACCCGGCCGGCGAGCUGGGCCGCGUGCAGGACUUCCUGGGCCUCAAGCGCAUCAUCUCCGACAAGCACUUCUACUUCAACCAGACCAAGGGCUUCCCCUGCCUCAAGAAGGCCGAGGGCAGCGGCCGCCCUCACUGCCUGGGCAAGACCAAGGGCAGGCCCCACCCCGAGAUCGACGGCCGCGUCCUGCGGCGGCUGCGCGACUUCUACCGGCCCUUCAACCGCAAGUUCUACCAGAUGACGGGCCACGACUUCGGCUGGGACUGAUCUGACCCUCCCGCCCCACCCCCUCCCCUACCCGGGGCUUAGGAAAUAUUGAGAGAGAUUAUAUGUAUGUAAAAUGUACAGAAAUCUAUUUUAUAAUAAUUUAUUUUUAAUUCAUAAGCGAUUAAUUCACUAAGCUGCCUAGCCACGCUCUUUAGAGAGUCACAUAAUCUGUUAACAUUCCAAAGUGUUUCUGAUAUUUUCUCCUUGUCUUCACAAUGGACG